CUGUGGUGGCGGUGGCUGCUGGCCAGGCGCCCCGGGGGCGGCAGCUGCUCCGGCUCCUCCCGGGACCAGACUCGGCAGGACGGGCCUGGGGACAGGGGCAGAGCACCAGAGCCAGGCGGCAGCAGAGGGGCUGAGGGUGCAGCCUGUCUCCGGCUCCUGCAGCCGGGCCCCGGGGGCACCUCGGCCGCCUUCUCCCUCUGCACGAGCGAGGAGCUGCUUGCCCUGCUAUGAUGCCAGGGCAGAUUCCGGAUCCAUCCCUGACAGCUGGCGCUCUACCUGGGCUUGGCCCCUUGACAGGACUCCCGGGCACCACCCUGAUGGUGGAAGAGCUGAAGUACGCUGACAUCCGCAACAUUGGGGCUAUGAUCUCGCCACUGCAUUUCUUGGAGGUGAAACUUGGGAAAAGACCCCAGCCUGUGAAAAGUGAGCUGGAUGAGGAAGAGGAGAGGAGGAAAAGGCGCCGUGAGAAAAACAAAGUAGCAGCAGCUCGAUGUCGUAACAAGAAGAAGGAGAGGACAGAGUUCCUGCAGCGGGAGUCCGAGCGUCUGGAGCUCAUGAAUGCCGAGCUGAAAGCCCAGAUAGAGGAGCUGAAGCAGGAGAGGCAGCAGCUGAUUCUAAUGCUGAACAGACACCGUCCCACUUGCAUUGUGCGGACAGAUAGCAUCAAGACACCGGAGAGUGAAGCCAACCCACUGCUUGAACAACUAGAGAAAAAGUAAAGGUGGCACCGGCCAGGACAAGGAGGAGACAACAAAUUGGGGUCUCCAAAAAGUUGCCUAUGUACUGUAUGAAGAACUGUGCACCGAGGCCUUGUCCAGCCAGAACCCAGUGGGCUUUCUUGGGGAUUACAGGCCAACCAAACAAGGGGAAGGAGAACAUCAGGAAGAUGCCAUUCAUCCCACUCUGAGGCUGAAGCUGGGAUAGGUCUAGCAGCUGUGGUGAGGGCAAUACCUCUUCAUGGCCCUUCAGCCUGCUCACCAACCCCAGGGAUGAAGCAAUCAGCCCGCUGCAGGGCAUCCUGGAGCUGGAUCACAUUGAGAUACAGGGAGGGGAAGUUGCAUCUUCCUCUCUUCCCAAACCUACUGGUAUGCACCUAGCUGGGAGUGGAGGCUUGACCCAGGAGAAAUGAACAUGUGUGGGAGAUGGAUGGCAGGCAAAGACAUGCUGGCUGUAUCUCCCAGGUCUGUCCUAUCUCCAUCCCUCUGGAUCCUGCCACUGCUCCUUGCACACACUCCGGAAUGGAAUCCGAAACAAAGAAUUACGAACACUUGACACAAGCCCUGCCUUGCGGCUGGGCCUGUCCAUGGCACUGUGGCGCAGGCGCCCCACAAGCACACUCAGUAUAAUGUUUACAGCCCAGCUGUCCCUGUCAGCCGUGCUUUUGAAUGCACAUUUUUACACUUUUUUAUAUUUUUUACAAAGUUUUUAUACAGCUGUCUCUAUAUGGAUUUAUAUAAUCACUAGACGUGAUCCCAUAGAAAUGUAUGUUAUAAUGGUCCGUUUGUUACAAAUGCAUAUGCCACAGUUAUCUCAUUGUGUUACUUGUUAGGUGGUGUCUGGCUCCUUUCUCCUCGGCAUGCUGGGAAAGGGGCCCAUGCAGCCCUCCACACUGGCUCCGCUACCAUCUCCAUCCAUGUACGUUCUUCGUAAUACACAGUCCUGUAUCUCUCAGUAAAUGUUACUUUGACUUAU